CCUAUCCUUUAACCGGGACAAAACAGGAAUAACAUGGAGCCGCCAAGCCCUUUUUUGCCAUUUCACAUUCGGGAUCCUCCCCUUCUUCCUCCUCCUUCACAGGGCGUUUACUUCCCACCGAGGUUUCCCCUAACUGAUUCGCUCCUCCGCAAAACCGUGCCCUUGUAGCAAUAUUCUAACCUGGUUAGUGGUAAAGUAAAUAGAAGUGAAAAUGGAGUUGAAUAGCCUGAAAGAUGCAUUUGAUCGUGUUGCAAAGAAGCAAAAGCUGUCCUUUUCUAAAACCCAGGAAGUUAUGGACCUGAUUUUUCAAGAAAUUGAGAAGGCAAUAGAGAUGAUGCAGUCAACCACAUUUGAUUAUAAAUCUGUACUUGCUGAACUGAAGAAAAAGUUGCAUGAAAUUGCUCCACUCAGUCAGUUAGAAGGCACACAGAAGGAACUGAACAUAGCGCUGAGCAAGUAUCCAAAAGCCCUUGAGAAAAUCCUUAAUCCUGAUAUAUCCAAGGCUUAUCGAAAUAUUGAGUUUGAUUCCAAUACAGUUAACCAAAUAAUUGCCAGCCAUUUCUAUCGGCUGGGGCUGUUUGACGUUGGUGAUUGCUUCAUAAAUGAGACUGGGGAGGCAGAGGCUGCUGUUGCUAUGAGAUCACUUUUCCAGGAAAUGUAUCAAAUGCUUGAAGCCAUGAAGAUUAGGAACCUGGAGCCUGCCCUGAAAUGGGCAGCUGUAAACUCUGAUAAACUGAAAGAAAAUGGUUCAGACCUUCAGCUGAAACUCCAUCAUUUGCAGUUUGUAAAAAUACUACAAAAGGGAAGCAGAGAUGAAGCACUCAAGUAUGCAAGAACUAACUUUGCUCCCUUUGCUGCAAACCAUAUGGCUGAAAUCCAGAAGCUCAUGGGGUGUCUCUUGUAUUCUGAUAGACUUCAGGACUCCCCUUAUGCUCAUUUAUUAUCGCCAACCAAUUGGGAUGUAGUGGCUGAGGAGCUUACAAGGCAGUUCUGCAAUCUUCUGGGGCAAUCAUACGAGAGCCCAUUGAGCGUGACAAUAGCAGCGGGGGUGCAAGGGUUGCCACCUCUUCUGAAGUUUAUGACUGUAAUGGCUGGGAAGAAGCAGGAAUGGCAAUCCAUGAAGCAGUUGCCAGUGCCGGUGGAGUUGGAUAAGGAGUUUCAAUUUCAUCCUAUAUUUGUGUGCCCUGUGUCUAAGGAGCAAUCAACUGAUGAUAAUCCGCCAAUGCUGAUGUCGUGUGGUCAUGUGCUCUGCAAACAGUCUAUCAACAAGAUGUCAAAGAAUAGCUCGAAAAGUUUCAAGUGCCCGUACUGCCCGUCUGAUAUCGAUGCGACACAAUGCAGGCAGCUGAAUUUCUGAUGUAUACCCUAAUAUGUACAUGGGGUUGUAUUAAAAACUGUUUCCUCUAGACUCAACCAAAAAUGUUUAGAACUAGCAAUUGGUGUGGUGUUGUGUAGCCAAAUGUGGUGAGAUGGUGGCAAUGCUAGUCUGUGUAAUGGUGUACUGUUUGUUGAUGUACUUGUUGUAAAUAGAAAUUCUUUCCACAUUCA